AUGGGGGACACCGUCGGUCCCAUGGAUCCCGCGGUUGACACUAGCGGUGAGGCCAACAAUUGUAGCUCCGGGGACCUACUCCUACUCGACCUUUGCUCCUCGCGCUCGACCUGCAAGCGCGAGGGGCCCCGCACCAGCAAGCGCGAGGAGCCCCACACCGGCAAGCGCGAGGAGCACCGGACCAGCAGACGCGAGGAGUCCCGCACCGGCAAGCGCGAGGAGCCCCGGACCAGCAGGCACGAAGAGCCCCGCACCGACAAGCGCGAGAAGCCCCACCCCAGUAAGCGCGAGGAGCGGCCUGAGGGAGGAAGGAGGGGGCGCACGGAGACGCGGAAGGAGGAGCCCAGUGAGCGGGCCUCGAAGCGGGCGUCCACGCUUUCGACGCGUACGGCCAAGGAAGAGGAGUCGUCGGCACGCACAAGGGGGAGGUCGACGGCGCGGCGAGGGGAUCAGCGGCCGACAGACCCACAGGUCGAGGAGCCGCAGCCAACGCCGGCCGAAACCGCGGUCAAAGAGCCGCAGACAACGCCGAUCGAGACCGCGGUCAAAGAGCCGCAGUCAACGCAGGCCGACAUCGCGGAAGAUAACGCGGCCGCUGAGGCACGACGCCUCGCGGAAUGGCACCGGCGGUUCGCGCUGGCCACGGCGGCGGAGGAGCGGAGACAACGGCGUGUAUGGGAGGACGCCUUGACGCUGGCAAAGAGGCUGAAGGCCACGCAGGAGGCUGAAAAGGCGCCACGAGCGGUGUAUUAG